AACUACACAAGUCCAGCUCACAGCUGAGUGUGGACGAAAAAGUGAGCGGGGACGCAGAGGAGAGAAUAAACAGCAAGAGGAGAUGAUGGUCACUGUAGGCGAUGUUAGCCUUUAGCGUCUGCAGCCCAGGACCCGGAUGGUGACCCGCAGCCUGAAUACGACUCUACCUAUCGGUGCUGGAAGUGAUGUUGGGUUGGACUGAUAUUUAGCAGGGCUAAUACCGUUGCAUCCCUAUCCGUUUCCUCCUCCUCACGCUGACGUCCAUCCGCUGCUCAAAGCCAAACAACUUUUGAUCACACACUUUUUCCUGCACGGGGAAGCGUCUGCCUCUGGCUGUACCGGUAAGCAUUGGAUCCGUCAACUUACUGCGACUCCCCGGUGUACAGCCCGGACCUCUGCCCGAACAUGAUCGCGACGCAGGCAAAGCUGGUUUACCAGCUCAACAAAUAUCACAACGAGAGAUGCCAAGCUCGCAAAGCGGCCAUUGCAAAGACCAUCCGGGAGGUUUGUAAAGUGGUGUCGGAUGUUCUGAAGGAGGUGGAGGUGCAGGAGCCCCGGUUCAUCAGCUCACUCAGCGAGAUAGAUGCGCGCUUCGAGGGGAUGGAGGUCAUCUCCCCCAAUGAGUUUGAGGUGGUGCUUUACCUCAACCAAAUGGGGGUGUUCAACUUCGUGGAUGACGGCUCUUUGCCCGGCUGCGCGGUGCUGAAGCUGAGCGAUGGCCGUAAAAGGAGCAUGUCGCUGUGGGUCGAGUUCAUCACCGCCUCGGGCUACCUAUCGGCCAGAAAGAUCCGCUCCAGGUUCCAGACUCUGGUGGCACAGGCCGUGGACAAAUGCAGCUACCGCGACGUGGUAAAGAUGGUGGCGGACACCAGCGAGGUCAGACUAAGGAUCAGGGAGAGGUACGUGGUGCAGAUCACGCCCGCGUUCAAGUGCACUGGGAUUUGGCCUCGGAGCGCGGCUCAGUGGCCCAUGCCCCACAUCCCCUGGCCCGGUCCUAACCGGGUAGCGGAAGUCAAAGCCGAGGGGUUUAACCUCCUCUCCAAAGAGUGCUACUCGUUAACGGGGAAGCAGAGCUCCGCGGAGAGCGACGCCUGGGUGCUGCAGUUCAGCGAGGCCGAGAACAGGCUGCUAAUGGCCGGCUGCAGGAAGAAGUGCCUGUCCGUGCUGAAGACUUUGAGGGACCGUCACCUGGAGCUCCCGGGACAGCCGCUCCAAAACUACCACAUGAAGACCCUGCUGCUGUACGAGUGCGAGAAACACCCGAGAGAGACCGACUGGGACGAGUCUUGCCUCGGAGACCGACUGAACGGCAUCCUGCUGCAGCUCAUAUCCUGUCUGCAGUGCCGCAGAUGUCCCCACUACUUCUUGCCAAACUUGGACUUGUUUCAGGGAAAACCUCACUCGGCCCUGGAGGCUGCUGCUAAGCAGACGUGGAGACUAGCGAGGGAAAUCCUCACCAACGCUAAAAGUUUGGACAAACUAUAAAGUGAUUGUCGAGACAGAGCCGAAGAGACAUUUUGGGAUAGAAAACAACUUCUGAGGACAAAUACGAUUCUGCAACUGAUUCUCGAAGCAAUGUGAAUAAAAAAAUUAAAAAAAAUCAGUAAGAAAAAUAAUGCAGCGAGCAAACCACAAAACCCUUUUUAAAUGGAGCAAUUGGGCCACUGCCAGCGAGAAAGUGAAGGUACAUUUUCAGAUAAAUGUAAUGACUUUCAGUUGUCUUCUUUAAAUGUUUUCACAAAGUGAAGAAACUUUUAUUUAAAUAUAUGCACAAAAUCGUUAAGUGAAAGAAAAAUGUAGCGUGCCAAGUUCAAUUUUUUUCAUUAUGUGACUUUAAAAGAAAUGUUAAUAAAAUGUUGCAAAUUAAAUUACAA